ACAGUAACCUCCAAAAGGUUUCUGUAAGUUUCAUUAAAAUUGUUGAUAACUUUAUGUAUAUAACAGGUGGUUUAUGUAAUAUGAAGCAGUUUUUCCAGAUGUGCUGUAUUAUUAAUUAUUGUAGUCCUACUUUCUAUUUAGCAGUGCGGUGAUUUUAGACGAUGUAGACAGUUGAUUAAUCAUUUUAUCCAGCACUCUGUAAAACAACUCGCCCUCACGGUCGUGUAAAUGUCCUUGACUUUUACUACAUAUGUAGUAAAAGUCAGUAAAAAUGACCCAGAAUAUUCUGGGUCAUUUUUACUGAGUUUCGGUCGGUGCGCUUCAGUCUUCCUUAAAACGGCUCCAUAAACAUAUUUUUCCCUUUUAAUUGCUUAUAUACCUGUUCGUUUAUCCCAGGAGUUACAAGAGGUGACUUUUAUGGUGUAGUCUAAGGCACAAGAGGUGAAUUAUCUCAAUGGCUGUACAAAUGUAAAAAGCUGUUCUACCUACAUAGUUUCAUAUUCGGAUAAUAAGGGAUAGUAAGCUCUUGUAGCUUAUCCUUGCAAUGUACAUCUGUCUAGAGGUCUAAUUUCUUUUUGAAAGCGUUCAUAUAUGAAGUUGUUAUCAAUUAAUCGAUUCUACACGUAAUUAGUCCGACUGUGGUCUGAUCACCCUUUUAACUAUCUGUUACAAUUGUUCUAUGAAGAGAGAAAAGGACAGAAAGGUCGGCACCUAAUUCACGCUGUAAUGUAUGAUAACCAAGAAUUAAGUCACUUUUUCUUCAUUUGAUAACGAGAAGAGUCUUAAAUGAUACAGCUUCUUCUCAUAAGUGGUAUAUAACAAUGUCGUCGACUCAGAAUGGUAACACUGAACGUGACCCACGUUACUGUCGACUCUGGAAGUGCCAAGUUUCAGUCGGUGAACUCUAUCGGUGGAUUUUAGCUAAGCUUUCUGACAAGGAUAUCAAAAGGGCUCUACAUAAAUAUCGGGAUUUAAUGCCUAGACAAUCGGACUGGAAUAGAAAACUUACACAAGCUACGAGUAUGCCUGAACUUGGGUUUCGAUAUCUUUAUCGAUGUGGUCAGAUUGAUGAAAGUAAUCAUAGGACUAUGCAGAAAAUGUUGAAGUAUAUUGAUCGUCAAGAUGUACUUCCUUAUUUUGAUACAAUUCUAUAUAAUACAAAUCAUGCAAAUUGUUCUCUAGAAGAACUUCAAAAAGUACUUUUGGAUAAAGUCAACGUGUUUCUAGAGCAUUCUUCUGUAUUAUACGAAGAAGAAGUACAUCCCGAACCCACAUAUGAAAUAAUACGACGUCAACCAGUUGAAAGUUCACGAAUCACAAGAUUAAGUUUGAAAAGAAAAUCAUCUGGCACUGAUAGUCCCUGUUACAUUGUAAAACGAGGACGUAGAUCAAUCAAUUCACCGUCGACAUCAUCGUUUUCAUCAUCAUCUUCGAGAACUGGUCAGUCUCACGGUACGGAUAUAUCACCUCUUCGAUGUUGCAGUAAAGUGAGAUCAGCAAUUAUGGCGAAUUCAUUGAAUGGUCCUGUUGUGCAUACUAUGCUUUCUGCAUCACUUAUUAAUAUGCUAGCAUCUUUACAUACCACUUUGUCUCAAGCAUUAGAAAAUUCCAAUUCAUUGAAUAACAGCGAUACCAUUGGGAAUUGUGUGAAUAAUUUCAACGCUCCAUCGUCUUCAUCUCCUCUUCCUGCAAAUAAUCAUUUGAUUUUUCAUUUAUUAGCUAUUAUGCCGCAUUUAAUUGCUAUUUCUCGUUCAAACCAAUCAUCUAUUAUACCUAAUCCUGUACUUCCUCGAUCUUGUGGUCAUUUGAGUGGUAAUAAUAAUAAUGACAAUAAUAAUAAUAAUAACGAUAAUAAUAAUAAUAAUGCAGGAAUUUACGGACCGAGAUUUAUAGGCCUUCAUAACAGGCCAAUAGUUAAUAUGGAGAGACGCCCACCACCGCAACAGGUUCAAGAACACGUGGAUCCUGCUGUUCCACCUCAUAAUAAUAAUAAUAACAAUAACAAUGACUUAAACCUUGCAGGUUAUGGUAUUCGUGUACCUGUUAUCUACAAUCCUCAUAAUCCUGAAGGCGAUCGAGUUGCUUUUGCUGCACCGUAUAUUCGACUACUAGACAAUUUAGCACCGGCAUCAGUCAACAAUCCUCAACAGUCAUCAACAAAUGCUCCUGUUUUACUAAAGCAUAUUGUUUUGUCAGCAGGUGGAAUCGGGAUUACUUCUUCAUCAAAUAAUUCAUUAAUUCAAUAUUAUUGUAAUAUUAAACUACAUGUCAGUAUUGAUUUUGGUCCAUCAACAGAAAGUUUAAGAAGAAUUCAGACACUUCAUGAAGACUUCGUUGAAAGGCAAAUUGAUUUUUUCAUUCAAGCGUCUAAUACGCUGAAAGCUCGUUCGCUUGGUGAAUUUGUUUGCAAUCUUCAGUUUACACGGCUUAAUCAGCUUGAAGAUUUUUGGGCCGAUUACCAGUCUGGAGCUUUAAGAUCUUUCUUUACCCUAGAUAAUGACCUGAGCCCAUAUCUGCUUCUCUUCUCUAUUUGGCGAAGUUAAACAAUACCGUCCCAAGGGACGCAAACGCUCCAAGGAUCUUGAACGCACGAUAGUCAUUGGUUGAGCAUACCUGUCGUUACUACAGCACAAAUGUAAACGUUUUUCACCAAUAUCUUAUGUCAACCCUGAAAAGUAAGAAAAAUCAAGGUUACUUUGGUGAACAACCACCUCCUCCAUCUCAGUCAUUUUCUUCGUCGUCAGUAGGUGAACAACCUGAUGUUGCUGAUCAACCUAGACAAAAUCAGCCAGUAAAUCCUGUAACAAUCAAGUUAUGAAUAUCCCGCCGAAUGUUCAAGCGGUUCCACGUGGGAACAAUGCUAAUAUUCCCUGUUUGAGUAGUAAUGACUUAGGGAAUGUAGCCAGUUCGAGUCUAUCAGCUCCUCCACCUUCAACUCCAUCAAUAUCUUUAAAUAUGGCUCAAGAUACUCAUUCACUAAACACUCUGUUGUCAGCUUCUAUUGAGAUAUUGAAUCGUACAUUUCAGCGUAUUCGUCGACGUGACCUAGCCAUUCCAGUAGCAUCGAUACCUCCAGAUAAUUCAUCGAAUGAUUUUAGCAAAUAUGAAUUAAAUUUAUUUGUAUCACGUCGAGAAUAUGAAAAUGGUCGAUGUUUGUUAAUGCGUAAUCUACGAAGUAUACCAAAUUUAUGUCAAUUAGUUUCAGCGUCAUCAAUUCUACCUACAGUCGAGGGUAUUAAUACUACUUCUACUACUACUGCAGAAGCAACAGUAUCAUGAGGAAUGGAUGAAUAAAGACUAUGGAUAUGCAGAGUGUAUUCUAAUGCAUUUUUUGAUCUUACUUCAUUCAUUUAUUCUUUUGUCUUAACAUUUGAUAAUAGUAACUUAAAGAAUCACUUCCUUCUCCCUAAGGCUGACUUUUUAAGAACUCAGGGUUCGCCCAGUGAGUCCUGGGUUCGAAUCCUUCUCCAAUUCAAUUCUCGUUUUGUUUGUUUUCUGUUUUGUUUCAAGUUGUUUGUUUCUUUUCAGUGUAUGGUGAGAAAAUAAAUAGGUAAACAAAAUAUUUAUGUUACUUUUUCUACAUAAUUAUGGGUUUGUAAUGUGUAAAUAUAUAAAUAAAUAAUUUUUGGGAGAAUUUGA